AUGGCCGAGCAGGAGCGACUCGCCUACGAGCGACAACACCAUCAGUCGCCUGAGGAAUCGCCAGAGAGAGGCUUGUCAAAGGAGCUUUCAAAACGGCUUGUUGCGGAUCAAGUGAAGAAUAAGCGUACAGCAGAGAAUGUAGUGUUCGGCAUUUUGAAUGACAAUCAAACUUCUAAAACCCUGAAGAUUGCCUCCUACAGUCCUCAGGUGUUGGCUGAGAUUAUGUGGUCGGCAGCGAAGGCUUUCAACCGGGCUCCAUCCGGGAGCGACCAAUGGGAUCCGCCUAUUUAUAAUCUCUCAAUGAGCGCUUCUCGAUUUGUAGAUGGCGUUAGUGCUCAAAACCAAAGCAUUAUGGAGUGGGUGGAGAAACGCCUCAAGUUGAGCGAAGCAGGGAACAGUAUGUUCGAGCCAGCGAACAAUCCUGCGCCGGAGCCUCGAAUAUUCGUGAAAGGAGUGCUCAAACGGCCGACGGAUAAAGAAGUUGCUGGGCCAUCUGGUGGCAUGUCCUCUGCGAGCAAUUCCCCAAUCAAAACCACGCCUAAGAAGAAGAAACCUGAUACGGAGGCUGAGGUCAAGGUAGAUGAGGAUGGUUGGCAGGUGUAUGACCCCGCUCUAUUCGAAGCCCCAUCCAAUGCACUCCCUGCGGUGGAAUUGAACGAUAUCGGUGAGAUAUCGUCAGCUGUCUUCCAAGAGCUUCCCGAUAACAUCAAAGCAGUAUGUUUUUCAUUUCAUUGCUUUCAUCGAAAAGUUUCAUCUACUCUUGGCGAUGGCGAUUUAGCACCUCGCGUCAACUUCUAG